CAUGUGUUCAUUUCAAACCUGAUUGGUUAUGCUUGUUCCCUCAAGUCUAAACUUUUUAUAACACAAGGUCGGCUUGUAUAGUUUAUUAAUGCCUUCUAAUUUGUCAUUUUUAAUGUUUUCAUGUAUUAUAUAAGUGCCUAACCACAUAAACUUCUCUUACAAGUUCCUCUACUUUCAAAUCAUCCAAAAAGAGAAAGAAAAAAAAGGUGUUAUUGAGAGAUAGAGAAAAAGUAACUAUGAUGAAAUUGAAGUCAAAGAGGUUUUGUAGGAGUAUCUCCAAGCUUGGCAUUGGAAACAAAGUAGUAGCAUCCCCAAAUAUUGUAGAGGAUUGUAGUGAAAUCAAAUGGGAACUUAGACCCGGUGGCAUGCUUGUGCAGAAAAGAGAGAGCAAGAAAAGUGAGGAGAUAAUCACAAUUAGAGUCUCAACUUUGUCAAAGUGGCAUGACAUUUCUAUUGAAGCCACUUCCACUUUUGGGGAAUUGAAAAUGGUUUUGUCAUUGGUAACAAGUUUAGAGCCAAGAGAGCAAAGGCUUCUCUACAAAGGUAAAGAGAGGGAUGACAAUGAAUUUCUUCACAUGAUUGGUGUUAGGGACAAAGACAAGGUUCUACUUCUAGAAGAUCCAGCUAUCAAGGAAAUGAAGCUACUUGGUUUGGCAAGAGGACAACAUAUUAGAAAUCCUUGUCCUACAAUUUGUGUAUAAUAUUAAUAUGAAUUGUUUGAUCUUGAUCGGACAAUCAGUAAUAUCUCAAAUGUGUGAAUGCUAGAUUGGACCGCAGAAAAUCUAAAUUUAUGAUACACUCAAAGCUAAUUUUUCAAA